AGUUUCCCCGCCCACCCCAGAGCGCCGAGCCCCACCCCCGACCCCGGCGGCGGCCAAUGACUAGGGCGCCUCCUCCCUCCCCGGGGCGGGGCCGCGUCACGUGCCGGGAAGCCGCAGUCUGCGGCCCGGGCGCGGGGAGGCGCGGCCAUGGCAGCUCCGGAGCCGCUGUCCCCGGCGGGCGGCGCGGGCGAGGAGGCGCCGGAGGAGGACGAGGACGAGGCGGAGGCCGAGGACCCCGAGCGGCCGAAUGCGGGAGUGGGCAGCGGCCGCAGUGGCGGCGGCGGCAGCAGCGGCAGCGGAGGAGGCGGCGGCGGCGGUGGGGCCGGAGCGGGGGGCUGCGGCGGGCCGGGGGGCGCGCUCACCAGGCGCGCGGUCACGCUACGGGUGCUCCUCAAAGACGCGCUGCUGGAGCCCGGCGCCGGGGUGCUGUCCAUCUACUAUCUGGGGAAGAAGUUCCUGGGAGACCUGCAGCCGGACGGAAGGAUCAUGUGGCAGGAGACGGGGCAGGUCUUCAACUCACCCAGCGCCUGGGCCACCCACUGCAAGAAGCUGGUGAACCCUGCCAAGAAGUCAGGCUGCGGCUGGGCCUCUGUCAAGUACAAAGGCCAGAAACUGGACAAGUACAAAGCCACCUGGCUCCGGCUGCACCAGCUGCACGCGCCCGCUGCUGCUGCUGAGGAGAGCCCGGCCAGCGAAGGGGAGGAGGAGGAGUUGCUGAUGGAGGAAGAGGAGGAGGAGGUUCUGGCAGGGGUCUCAGCAGAGGACAAGAGUCGGAGAGCACCCGGGAAGAGCCCCUCGGAGCCUGCUCACCCGGAGGCCACAACCCUGGGCAAGCGGGUGGACAGCAAGAUCCGGGUCCCGGUCCGCUACUGCAUGCUGGGCAGCCGCGACUCUGCCAGGAGCCCCCACACCCUGGUGGAAGUCACGUCCUUUGCAGCCAUCAACAAGUUCCAGCCGUUCAACGUGGCUGUUUCCAGCAACGUGCUGCUGCUGCUGGACUUCCACAGCCACCUGACUCGAAGUGAAGUCGUGGGUUACCUGGGGGGCCGCUGGGACAUCAACAGCCAGAUGCUGACGGUGCUCAGAGCCUUCCCCUGUAGGAGCCGGCUUGGGGACGCAGAGACUGCAGCUGCCAUUGAAGAGGAGAUCUACCAAAGCCUGUUCCUGCGGGGCCUGUCCCUGGUGGGCUGGUACCACAGCCACCCGCACAGCCCGGCGCUGCCAUCUCUGCAGGACAUCGACACGCAGAUGGACUACCAGCUGCGGCUUCAGGGCUCCAGCAACGGCUUCCAGCCCUGUCUUGCCCUGCUCUGCUCUCCUUACUACUCUGGCAACCCAGGCCCUGAAUCCAAGAUCUCACCUUUCUGGGUGAUGCCUCCUCCCGAGCAAAGGCCGAGUGACUACGGCAUCCCCAUGGAUGUGGAGAUGGCCUACGUCCAGGACAGCUUCCUGACCAACGACAUCCUUCACGAGAUGAUGCUGCUGGUGGAGUUCUACAAGGGCGCCCCUGACCUUGUGAGGCUCCAGGAACCCUGGAGCCAGGAGCAUACCUACCUCGAUAAGCUGAAGAUCUCCUUGGCCAGCAGGACGCCUAAGGAUCAGAGCCUGUGCCACGUGCUGGAGCAGGCACUCACGGGAGCAAGGUGUGCUGCCCACACCCACCGGCAGAGGGCGCGUGGCAGCACAGGGCCCCGGCUCACCUGCGCUUGAGCUUCUCCGCCAGCUCAUCCAGGAUCUGCACGGCUUGCCGGUGGUAGUCCAGC